AUGCUUCUCAAAAACAUGAUUUUGUUUGUUGUGGGGGUGUUCGCAGCCUCGGCCCACGGGAAAGACUCGAAGAGCGAGUCUAUCACUCUUGGAAACGGUCUUGCACCGUCAAUGCAAUCCUCAGAGUCUCAUAAGAGACUUCACGCCAGGGAGUUUUUCCCUGCAGUAAACUUCGGGGCCUCCGGACCUCCAUCAACUCAUUGGGCUCCUGUGAGUAAGCCCGCUGGUCCCCAGCUUCAAACCCGGGAAUUUUUCCCCGUAGUGGAUUUUGGAGCAUCCGGGGCUCCAACCAGCUGGCAGCCUGUGAAUAAGCCCACAGGGUCCCAGCUUCAAACCAGGGAGUUUUUCCCCGCAGUUGACUACGGAGCAUCAGGGCCUCCACCAAAAUACUGGGAUCCUGCGAGUAGACGCGCCGCUAGCGCUCCGAUCACCCCCCCGUCCCCUCCGCCCCCUCCGCCCCCUCCGCCCCCUCCAGCCCCGUUAGUCUCUGAGCCGCCAAUUGUCAUCUCGGAAUUUGACAUUGACCGCCUCGGCGGCCCCGCUUACAAUUAUCGUCAGUGGGAGACCCCAAAGAUGACCCCUGAGGAGGAGGCCGACCGUGAGACGUGGAAGGAUGGCCCGCCACAUACUCCAGGCGAGUUUGAAUUCUCGUUGGCUUUUGCUUGGCAGGCUUUCAAGGAUUUGCUUUCGUUGUUGCCUAUAAAAAGCGCGCUGUCACCAUGA